AUGGCUCGCACCCAGCAAACCGCGCGCAAGACGACCCCACGCCAUGCUCCUUACAACCUGGUCAUGAGCAAGACCACUCCCAACGCCACCUCUGCACCCUCCCCACUGAAGACCGACACCGACGCGGCGGAAAAGAGGCCCCAAGUGCUCCAAGUGACCACCACACCAGACGUCAACAGCGACUCGAUCAACGACAACAGCUACCAACCCCACAACGACAGCCUCAUCAUCAAAAAGGGAGCCUUCCGCUCCAUCGUCCAAGAAAUCCUGAAAAAGCACAACGUCGAGCUGCAGUUCCCAGAGGCCUCGCUCGACGCCAUGCAGGCGUUUAUGGAGGGCUACAUUACCGGGGUGAUGCAGCAGGCCAAGGGUGUCGCCUUGCGUGAGGGUCGGUCUGUCGUUACGGGAGGAGAUGUGCGGGUUGCUAGGGCUUUUGCGCGAGGCGCUGCGGGAGGCGACGAGUGCGAGGGGGUUGCCGACGAUUUGUCUGUCGAGAGUCCCUCUAGAACUAAGUGA